UGUGCGUCACGUAAACAGCUGACGAUUGUUGUGGCCUCCUCUAGCCUUGCAUACGCUUUGUUUAUUUGCUGUUGGAAGUAUUCAGUUUGAUCGCGAUGAGUAAUAAAUACACGUAUUCCACCGCGAAUUUAACAGACAUUGAGCUCAAAGAGCAAGGGAACAGGCUAUUUGAGCAGAGAAAGUAUGACGAUGCGGUCAGCUGCUAUACUAAAGCCAUUAUUAAAAACCCUACAAUGGCAACAUACUUUACCAACCGAGCUCUGUGUCAUCUUAAAUUAAAGCGAUGGGAAGCUGCAUGUCAAGACAGUCGAAGAGCUCUAGAUGUGGAUUCAACUCUAGUUAAGGGUCACUUUUUUCUAGGACAGGCUCUAUCAGAAAUGGAUUACUAUGAUGAAGCAAUAAAGCAUUUGCAGAGAGCUAAUGAUUUGGCAAAAGAGCAAAAAUUAAACUUCGGAGAUGAAAUAGCAAGCCAAUUACGCUCUGCUAGAAAAAAACGUUGGAACCUGAAGGAGGAGAAAAGAAUUGCGCAAGAAAUAGAAUUACUGUCGUAUUUGAAUCGUCUUAUGGCUGAGGAUACACAGAGACAAGUGAAAGAAGUACGUAGCUCCUCUGGCCUCUCAGAGACAGAAGUACAAUCAAAAGUAGAGGAAUUAGAAAGACAGUGUGAAAAUAACUCCAGCGAAUUACACUCACUAUUUGCCAAAGUAGAUGAAAGAAGACGCAAACGUGAGGUUCCUGACCAUCUAUGUGGAAAAAUCAGUUUUGAAAUUCUAAGCGAACCGGUAAUUACACCUAGUGGAAUAACCUAUGAAAGAAAAGACAUAGAAGAACAUUUGCAGAGAGUUGGACACUUUGACCCUGUUACAAGAGUAAAACUAACUCAGGACCAAUUAAUUCCCAAUUUUGUCAUGAAAGAAGUUGUAGAUACUUUCUUGCAAGAAAAUGAAUGGGCCAUUGAUUAUUAAUUCAAAUACUGGUAUGGAUAGGUAUUACUAUAUGCAUGUAAAGUGAUAGGUCUACACCUAUCUGUUAACCACAGCUGUGAUAAACUGGUUUGGUAGUUAAUUUCAUGUGACACUCAUUACAUCCAUUCAUCUCUUCCUGUUUGUCCAUAUUUUGGAGAGUGUUUAUUUUGUUGUGUUACAAAUUAUCUGGAUUUUAGUACAGUACUGUACUUGCUGAUUGUAUUGAGCCGUGAGGAAAGCAUUUUGAAAGACUCAUGUAAUGUGAAAGAGGUGUGUGCCUAAAAGCAGGACAAUAUUAUGACUCCUGAUGUCUGUUAUCUUUGUGCUGAUACUUGUUGAAAGCUUAUCUUGAUGUCUGUUUCUAUCUAAGUCUCCUGUUGUAGGUGGGUUCUAGUUAUAGGGUUGGUAAUUAGAAGAUUUUCCAAUCUCAAUAAAAUUAUAAUUUUUUCUUUGGCCUCUUCAUAAUAUUGAAAGAAAUGUAGUGAUAUUGUCACCUUUUGUGUUUGAACACAAUGGUAUUUUAAAUUUGGUAUUUUAUGAGUAUUGCGCUUAUUGAAGUUCCUAUUUCCUAAUCUGUGACACUUUUCAAAAAUUCACUCUAGUUUUUGGGCUGAGUCUGUAUCCUCUGCAUCUUCCUUUCUUUUCUUCUUCUUUAUUUGCCAUUGAUUUAUUGGAAUCCUUUUUUGUAGUGUUUUACAAACACACCUACAGUAAUUUUACAAGACCAUUGCACAUCACACAUUUCCAAAGCAUUCCCCAUUCUUUGAACUCCGUAGAAUAGGUUUCAGCUCUAAUGUGCAGAAAUUUACUGUAAUAUGUAGUAAAACCAUUCUGGUAAAUUUUACUUUCUUUUAUCUAUUCUUUGCCUCUGUUUCGCUUUUUUUCUUUCUCUAUUUUUAACCAUUUAGUUUGUCAGAUGUAUGACUUCAGUUAAAGAAUGUGGAAUGUAAAAAACUAUUAGUAUAUUUAUUUUUAAUUUAUACAAGAAUUAGGUCAUUAUUUUUGUUAUGUAUAUUAACAGCAAUGCCUUUGCUGAUCCUAGCUAUUUUCUACAAUUUUCUGAUGGUUAUGAAUAGAACACUCAGAUCUAGCAGUGAACAAGUUGAAAAAUUGUGUCUGUUUUUUGAGCUGUGCUUUGUAGAUCUAGUCUAUCAAACUUCUAUACAGUUUGUUUUGCAGUAUGCCGUUAACAUACUGUUAUUCUGGAGAUAGUAUAUUUUCCUCAGGAAUCUGUAGAACUGUUACGCACAGCAAUUUUGUCUAGGUGUAGAGAGCAGUGUUCUCAAAUUCUGUAACUUGAUGCUGAUCUAAGAUUUUUAGAACUAAAAUAACUUGUCUCCUCAUUUGUACUUCUGUCUUUGUGACCUGCUGCUCUAUCUUAUAGCCUCAGGUUGUCAUUACAACUUCUAUUUUUGAAACAAAGUUGUCUUGUUUUUCUCUAGAAUUUUUAUCUUUUGAUUCCUGCAGAUCUUAAGUCGAGUUCUCAGAACAUUUAAGUAACCGAUAGAUUUUUCUUAGCAAUGGCUUUAUUGUUGUUCUUUGGUAAUGAAAAUGUAUAAUUCAUGAUGUUGCUCACUUUGACUUUAAACCAGUGGUUUUUAUUUUCUACUCUUGUUCAUACAUAUUUUUUUUAAAAACUGUUGAAGUAUUUUUAAAAUCUAUCUAAGUGUUUGAGCAGCUUCAGAAAAUUGGAAGUUGUUGCUGAUCUUCGUGUUACUCUUACUUAAGCUCAUAUAUUUUUGAAGUAGAAAUAAAAGAUUAGUUCCAUGCAA